CACCAAAAGAAGAACCACAACUGAAAUAAAACAUGGGGUCAGUCACUUCCCUGGCUUCUGGAAAUGAAUACAAUUCAACAAAGAAUCAAACAAAUCCAAGUAGAUACUGUGGUUAUGUUGAAGGAAACCAGGAUAAUAAUCAAGUAUUAAUGUAUGUAACAACCAUCUUCACUUUUCUUAUCUCCAGUUUUGGAUUUAUGGGUAAUGGAAUUGUCAUCUGUCUCCUGGUCUUCUACAUCAAGAGAAAUCAUUUCACCACCUACAUCUUGAACCUCUCCAUUGCUGAUCUGGGUGUAGUCACAGGUCUACUCUCUAUUAAUGCAUAUUGGCUUGUAGGCCGGUUGCCUCAUGUUGAGUAUGCGGAUCCACUGAAGUCAGUAUUCCGCACCUUCUUCCUAGUCAUGUACUGCAUCAGUCAGUUUCUACUGACGGUAAUCAGUAUUGAUAGGUGUGCAUGUAUCUUCUUUCCAAUAUGGUAUCGAUAUCACCAACCACGAAAUUUUUCCAUCAUUGUGUGUGUUGUAAUCUGGAUCCUCAUCAUCCCACUUUUUCCAGCACAUAUCAGCCUCUACUUGCGUUUAAAAUACUGUGAAAUCUGGUUCUAUCUAUUUCUCAUUAAUGCCGUGCUUUUCACUCCAGGCAUGACUGUUACCACUGUGGCCAUUUUAAUUAAGGUCUGCUUCAUAUCACCACAGUAUAAACGAGGGAAGAUUUUAAUUGCCAUCUUGCUUGCUCUCCUCUUCUUCCUCCUCUUUGCUUUACCAAUGAAUAUUAUACAAUACCUCUCUUUUAAAGACCCUAAGUUUGACCAUUCCUAUUUUUAUGAAUUUGGCUACAUAUGUGCAGCCAUAAACAGUUCUGUCAAUCCAUACAUUUAUUUCUUUGUAGGGAGAGGAAAAGGUUGUCGAGAUAGGGAAAAAAUAUGUAAAAUACUUCAGAACAUUUUCAAAGAGGAAGACAAUAGUACAACAAAAAAUCCCAGUUCAAACUCAAAAUACAAUGCUUCCACUCAAAGUGCAACAGCAUCACUCUAGUUUGAAUUAUGCAGAUGCUACUUUACCUUCCUGUAUAUGUAAAUGUAUUGAGAGAAAGUGUCUAAGAUUACAACAAAAAUGUGUAUAUAGUCAAUACAUUAUGUAUACAGACUAAUAUCUUUCUGAGAUCCCACUCAAGCACUGGUGGAGUAGUGGCAGCAUUUCUCCAGUCCCUGGCUUGUUGAAGAGUUCCCAUAGAAAAAGGUCUUGGAGGAAAUGUGGUUGGAUAUACUUGGGAGUGCCAGUUUUAAUUUAUUGUAUCAGGAGUGAACCAAGAGUUUUGUAAUGUAUUUUUUAAAGAAAAUACAAAGUUUAAAAACUUGGCAUUCUAUUAAAAG